AUGCCACCUGUAGCCCCACGUAGUGCUGUUUCUGAGCGCUAUGGACUGCCCCUUGGUGCUGACGCGUUCGACUUUCCCAACAACGAGCAGCACGUUGCGUAUCUUUCGAACGAUAUUGAAGGCAAUUAUUUUGCCCUGCACAAGUACUGCCGUAGAGCCCGUGCAUAUGCCCCCAUCAUUGGUCUGACCGUCGACCUUGAGCGUGUCUUUGCGGCAGGUCUUGGACUUCCCAAUCAAGAGCCUGGACAGCCAUUCGAGGAUAAAGAAAAGCGAGGCUUUGAAAAGCUAGUCAGAAUUAUCCCCAAUCUGCGGGGCACGAUGUUGGGCCUGAUUCGGACGAACGCUGGACUUUAUGCGUACCUCAUGCAAUUGCUCGUAAAAGGACGUGAUAAAGGUCGUAGUGACCACCUCAAGGGCAUCUGCGCCGUUAUCUCCGAAAUCACGGUCCCAAAUCCCAAAAUCGACAAGGUUGAGGGAAUUUCAUCAGCAACACCCAAGUCAUCGUACGGCUUUAAUCACCUUCAUUUUGCCGCGCUCCUUUGCCCGCCACAUCUCUACAACCAAUACCUUGCUGGCCCCGAGGAGUUCUGCGAGAAGGUCAAGAAGGGCGACAUCAAGAUAUACGCGCGUCAUCUUGCCCGGUUCCUAUACCCAUUCAACCACGCAUACGAUCCGGAUGACAUUGGCAACCAGCUGUGCAUGAGCGAGAUCAUCAUUCGUGCACUGCGAAUUGUUCUCACUGGCCUAUCGACAGCCUAUGGAGGGCCUCGACGCGGGCAUACAGCAUCGCUAGCGUUUGAGAAUAAAAUUACGUUGAUUGAUGCAGAGGCUGUCGCUUACACGGCUACCUUGGUCCGGUCAGCAAUGUCUUCCGACGCUAGCUGGAACGCGGGAGGCCAGGAAAGCUUCAACCUGUUCAAUUUCCACGAUUAUGUCCAUGGGAUUCUUUCGCUGAGCGACAAUUCAACCACCGAAAUUCUCAAAGCCCUCACCGCGAGUGUCCCUGCUCUGAAGCAGGGACCUAGGGGAAAGAUGACGGGUUUAAGAAGAUCGGAGAGCUCGGGCGAAAAUCCCGUUGAGCUCAUUCGACGACAACGUGCUGGAUUGCGCGUCCCGCGUGUUGAGAACCGCUCUUCGCCAACUCUGCCUCCCCGUUUAUCGUCACCCAACGCCGCACAGGAUGAGAACCUCCGUCCACCAACUCCGGCUCGGUUUCGUUCGACGUCAGCAACCAAUUUAGAUUCCCAUGCUGGGUCAUCCAGCCGUAUGCCCCUCUCCCCAGUGCAGCUUCAAGGCGACACUGAGGACCCUGUGAUGUCCCCUGUAACUGCAAAAAGACGACGUAAAGAAAAGCGGCCUAUCAUCACGGACGAAACCGAUUCCGAGACCGACUCGACCGAGGAGCAACAAGAGGCUUGCGAUCCGUUAGGAAUGGACCUUCUGGAUUUGUUGCAUUCACCGGAGCCAGAGCAGAUCGACAUUCGCCAUCAUAUUGCGGAGGAAAUGAAAGCACGCAGCAUGGUCACUGCGCCUGAGAAGCUGUCGAUCAUCAUUGACGGGGUCUUGGGUAUGGUAAAUGACAGAUUGAAGAGUACGCCGGGCACUCCAGCUCUGACUGUUGUCGGCAUUAUUCUCGAUGAAACUUGCGAACGAAUUCGUCAGCAUCGUCAGAGGAUGGCGGCUGCCGACUCGUCCAAGGUCCCAACCCUCAAGUUGGUUCCAGCAUGGUCUAAGGCCCCUGGCAGCGCCAACCCCUCAUCAUCCUCGCCGUCUCAGGUCCCGAAUGCAAACCCUUCAUUGUCCUCGUCGUCUCAGGUUCCAAAUGCCAACACUUCAUCGUCGUCUCAGGUCCCGAGCACCAGCCUGUUCUCAUCGUCGUUGGCCAAUCCCUUCUCCUUUUCUUCGUCUCGGGCCCCGAGUAAUAGCCACCACCCAUCCUCGUCAUCUCAGCCCAGCCGUCUCAGUCUUUUUUCGCUUUCAUCCCAGGCAUCACUGUCACAGACUCCUGGACCCCCAUCGAUGUCCGGUAAUACCCAGGCCCUUCAAGUUGAAGAUCAGGCCACUCCCGCUCGACAGAAGCGCCCACGCAUGGCACCUCCCACUGUCACUAGAACCGGUCUUCGACGCAAGGCAACAGAAAAACCUGUCAACUACAAGGUGUAG